CCCAAAAAUGGUGCUGGAGUAUUUGCUCUUUGGUGCGGCGCACACCCUGGAGGCCACGCUCGGAAUCCCUCCAAUUUAUCGCAUUCUUGUCGAACCCGAACAUCGCUUCUAGUCUCCGACAGGUCGUGCUCCGAGCCUCAAGAUCCGCUCCGACCCUCCGACCGGUCGUGCUCCUUCGUGAUUUUAAUUCAGUUCUCUCUCUCUCUCUCUCUCUCUCUCUCUCUCUCUCUCUCUCUCUCUCUCUCUCGUGUUUGCGGCCCGUGCCUCCCAAAUUCUCCCAGGGAGAGUCAAUUCUUUCCAGGUCUUCUAGCUCUCCAUCCAUCCCGAUAAGCGCGAGGUCCUUGUUCCUGUUUCCCCGCAUCCCGUUGCCAUUCCCUUGUGUUUAAAUCGCAUCGUUUUGUGUGUCUCCUAUGGUCGAUUCUUUUGUUUUUGAGGGAAUCCUAUGGUCGAUUCUGCGGAUGGUUGCGUGUCCAUGAAUGGCUGCUAAAUUCCGUGUCCUUCAGUUGAUUGGUUCUUGGUAAAAGUUUCUUGAAUCACUAGCAUCUUUUUGGUCCGUUCCUUGAUGUUGCCUCCACUAAUUUGGAUCAAAUUAUGCGGGCUCUGAUCCAGCACGCACAAUUUUCCAAUGCAUUUGCCAAAUGUGAUGCUCGGAUGGUAGUUUGACCAUGCUCGCAAUCCGUUCGACGAAAUGCUCAGUGGCAUUUGUGGGCGCUGCCGGCGCCCUGGUGGUGCUUGUGACCGCUGUCCAUGUGUUCAUGGUGCCUAUCCUUCCUUCCUCCUUGGAUUACUUCGGUGCUCGUGGCAGUGUAGGCCACCCAAGGAAUGCAACCCCGGGCGUUGGGGUGGUGGACUCGCGUCUCAGGGGGCAUUUCCCUUCUGAUUCCCAUGGCGCUGUGGCGUUCCGUGGCGCACCCUGGAAGGCUGAGGUUGGGAGGUGGCUUGCUGGGUGCCAUGCUAACUCCUCGUCUGUCAAUAUCACUGAGCGUAUAGGUGCAAAGCGCUGUGAGAAAGACUGCAGUGGCCGUGGUGUGUGCAACUAUGAUCUGGGAGAGUGCAGAUGCUUUCAUGGAUAUUCUGGGAAAGGAUGUGAGGAGGUUUUGAAAUUGGAAUGUAAUCUCCCGAGUUCCCCAGAAUGGCCUGCAGGACGAUGGAUAGUUUCCAUGUGUGCAGCUCACUGUGACACAACCAGGGCAAUGUGCUUUUGUGGUCCAGGAACAAAAUACCCAGAUCGGCCUGUGGCAGAAGCUUGUGGUUUUAAAACAAUUUUACCUGCAAAACCUGAUGAUCCAAAGCUUACCGAUUGGAAAACACCUGACCUGGAAAAUGUAUUCACAACAAACGGAAGUAAGUCAGGAUGGUGUAAUGUGGUACCUGAGGAUGCAUAUUCAUCCAAAGUGAAAUAUAAAGAAGAAUGUGAUUGCAAAUAUGAUGGGCUCUGGGGGCAGUUCUGUGAGACACAUGUUGAAUGCAGCUGCAUCAACCAGUGCUCUGGACAUGGACAUUGCCAUGAUGGUUUCUGUCAGUGUGACAGUGGAUAUUUUGGGAUUGAUUGCAGUAUCCCAUCAGCAUAUUCACUUGCAUAUGACUGGCCCUCCUGGCUCCAGCCACCAGUGAAUUUACCAGACAUGAAAAUUUUAAGCAGUACCCCCAUCAAUGUUAAGGCCAUUGUUCAGAAAAAAAGGCCACUUAUAUAUGUAUAUGAUUUGCCAGCUGAGCUUGACAGUCAUCUUCUUGAAGGACGACAUUUCAAGUUCCAGUGUGUGAAUAGGAUUUACGAUGACAGGAACAGAACUUUGUGGACUCAACAAUUGUAUGGUGCCCAGAUGGCACUCUAUGAGAGCAUUCUUGCUAGCCCUCACCGCACUCUUAAUGGGGAGGAAGCUGAUUAUUUCUAUGUGCCAGUUCUUGAUUCAUGUCUAAUAACUAGAUCUGAUGAUACUCCACAUCUGCUAAUGCCGAGGGACCUGCGCCUCAGGAGCUACCAUGCUCUGGAGUACUAUAGAAUGGCGUAUGAUCACAUAGCUCAGCAGUAUCCUUACUGGAACCGUACUUCGGGAAGAGACCAUAUCUGGUUCUUUUCAUGGGAUGAAGGUGCCUGCUAUGCUCCAAGAGAAAUCUGGAACAGCAUGAUGCUUGUCCACUGGGGAAAUACUAAUACGAAACAUAGGAAUUCAACAACUGCUUAUUGGGCAGACAACUGGGAUCCUAUUCCUUUAGAUAGAAGAGGCAACCAUCCAUGCUUCGAUCCAAGAAAGGAUCUAGUGCUUCCUGCAUGGAAGGGACCAGACCCAGGGGCUAUAUGGUUAAAACUAUGGGCAAGGCCAAGGAUUAACCGUACAACACUCUUCUAUUUCAAUGGUAAUCUAGGUCAAGCAUAUGAAGGAGGCCGCCCAGAAGACACGUAUAGUAUGGGCAUUCGGCAGAAGCUAGCAGCUCAAUUUGGUUCCACACCAAACAAGCAAGGAAAACUUGGAAGGCAGCAUGCAGCCGAUGUGACGGUUACCUAUUUACGAACUGAGAAAUAUUAUGAGGAACUAGCAAGCUCUGUUUUCUGUGGUGUCCUGCCAGGGGAUGGCUGGAGUGGGCGUAUGGAAGACAGCAUGCUUCAAGGAUGUAUUCCUGUCAUAAUUCAGGAUGGAAUUUUUCUGCCAUAUGAAAAUGUGCUCAACUACAACAGUUUUGCGGUCCGUGUACAAGAAGAUGACAUUCCAAACCUCAUAAAUACACUUCGAGGAAUAAACGAAACACAAGUAGAGUUUAUGCUUGGAAAUGUGCGCCAGAUGUGGCAGAGGUUUUUCUAUCGAGACUCCAUAUUGCUAGAGGCACAGAGACAGAAAAGGCUGUUCUCUGAAGAGGCACCCUGGUCUGUUGAGGUAUCAAAACUACCUGACGAUGAUGAUGUCUUUGCGACCUUUAUACAGUAGAAGCACUGGUGAAUCAUAGAAACUAUCUUCAGUAUUACCAGAAUUUUGCCUGACCACAUGUCCAUGCUUCUCAAGUAUCCCAUUGCACCCUAGAACUAUUGCUCUGCUGUGUCCAUAUUUGCUGAGAAAGACUAGUUUUGACAGGUAUUGCAUUAUAAACUGUACAAUGACCCUUGGCGGCAAGGUCUCCUGGAAACAAAGGGAACUGGGUUGCCAAACAUCUGCUCAAGAGCUUCCUGAAAGUGUUUAGUGAGGCAGCAUUGCAACUGUAAAGAACAGGAUUGACAUACUUAUUAGGAAGGGAUCUAUAGAUUUUAUUCUUACAUUCUGUACAUCUCUCCUUUGUAUUUUAAAUAUUGUUCUUUUUACUGAUAGCCCAAGUUAGAUCAGCUCAGAAACUGCAACAGCGCAUUGUCUCCGCGACUCCGCCUAUUGAAACAUUGAUGGACAA